UUCUGCCAUUACCCUAAAAACCUUCUCUUUUCUCUCCAUGCUCACUUGUUCCAGGUCGAACUCCUGUCUCCGACGACGCAGAGAAAACGAAGCCCCAUGGCUUCAACCAAUGAAGUGCUAUGCUGCCGCGCGUGGAGAGUAGCGAAAACCCUCUUCUUCAUCACCAACAUGCUUGCCUCUCUUCUCCUAGUAUGCGCUCCACCGCUCCUCGUCGUCCUCGUUGACCUCCUCCUCCCUUACACCCUCCUUGUCGCCGUCAACGGCCCGGCUUCCUCCUCUCCAUCAUUCUCAUCUCAACUCAGAGCAUUCCGAUUCCGGGAUUCCCUUGUCGACCUGCCCCUGGUUUCCUUAACCAGAUCCCUCCUCAUUCUCUGUUCUUACUUGUGCUGUAACGGCUGGGAGCCGUACUUGGGCGUGACAUGCGUCUGCGCUGGGGCGUCAGCGGGGUACGUGUUGGUCAAGGCAAUCGCCAUGUUUUGGCCUGAUCCGGUGUUUAGGGUUAAGGAGGGUUCUACAGUGGAGGCUCUGUUCUUGUCUUCUCUUACUUUGGCUAUGGCUCAUGUUGUGGUCGCCUACAGAACUAGCUGCAGGGAAAGACGCAAGCUUGUUGUGUAUAAAAUUGAUGUUGAAGCGGUAUCGCUUUAUAAUAAUGAAUUUUACAACUACAAUAAGAUCACACUGAGCAAGUGAAGUUAACUGCCAUUGUUGAGAUGCCAUCGGCUACCAUCCUAUCCUUGUUGUCUGGGACUUAAGGUAGGAUUUUAAAGUUCAUCUGGUUUCUUUUCUUAUGAUGAUCAAGUACUGAAUCAAGAUUUUGGCCGCCUAAAUGUAUAGUACAACCGAGCAAAUUUCAUGACAAGAUUAGUAUAUGUAUAUUAAACAAUCCUACACUUUUCAUUAGCUACAGAAUGUCAUAUAUGUUAAUAAAUUCAAAAUAUUUAAUCAUAUUAUUUGAAUGGAUGUGUCUUUUCAUUUGUGUGGAUGUGGUUUAUUUUCUUAAUUAAAUGUAGUUAAUUGUAAGUGAAAGGGUGUGUGAAGCAAUGUUUCAUUUGAAAGUGAAAGGGUGUAUGUGAAGUGAUGUCUAAUUUAGAUAAAAGAGUUGUAAUGUGUGCAUGAGAUAAUUAAUAGAAGAAAAAGUUUGUGU